AUGAAGGAUGGGCCAAGUGGACAGGGCUGCCCUACUGCCACUGUCCUGCCACCACAGGGUCAGGCCAGCAGCCUCCGUGAGGGACAGCAGUGCCGGGGGCAGUGCAGGUGGGCACAGAGCAUCACCCCAGCACCGAGCUGGCCAGGGCAGGCAGCACCUAAGGCUGAGGGCAGUGAGGGAGUUGGGUCAGUGAUGUCAAGGAAACGGGUGAGAUUUCAGGAUCCAAAUGAAGAUACUAAAUGGAAUGACAUAUUGAAAGAUUUUGGAAUUCUUCCUCCAAAAGAAAAACUGAAAGAUGAAAUUGAAGAAAUGGUUUUACACUCACAGAAAGAAGCACAGGACAAAUGCACUGGAUAUUAUUUUAAAAUGCAUUUAAAAUGUUCCAAAGAUGCUUAUUUUUAGUUUUAGUUUUUAAUUAGCCAAGAAGACUUGCAAGAAUGGAAAUGUCUUCAGAGGAGGCAAAAGUAUGGGGAACUAAGAGAAAGCUGUAGAAAGCAGUAUGUAAAUGAAGUUACAAAUGCUCCAGAGGAUGUUUGGGUUAUAAUUCAUCUUUAUUGGUCAAGCAUCCCAAUGUGUUUACUGGUUAAUGAACACCUCAACCUGCUAGCCUGGAAGUUUCCAGAAGUCAGGUUUCUCAAAGCCAUUGUAAACUUCUGCAUUCAGAAUUACCAUGAUAUAUACAGUACUUGUAUAUAAAGUAGUGAAAUAAAAGGCAGGUUCAUUGGAGUAGCUGAAUGUAGAAGGUAUGAGAAGUACUUUUGAAUAACUCACAAUAUGGAAAAUUUUAUGAUGUUUGUGAUCAUUAGAUCUAAAGGCCACUGCUUAAAGAGUG